AUGAUUCCAGUGACAGCCCCAUCGCCCACAGACAGCUUUCAAGGAUAUUACUGCCCUCAUCAUGGUGUACUCAAAGAAUCCUCUUCUUCCACAAAAUUGCGAGUAGUAUUCGACGCCUCUGCCAAAAGCAGCACUGGAUUAAGUCUGAAUGAUAUUUUGUUAAACGGACAAAAAUUACAGAAAGACAUACGACAUGUGCUCCUCCAUUUCCGACGCCAUCCAAUUGCAAUUUCCGCCGACAUACGCCAGAUGUAUUUGCAGAUUGAGCUCCAUCCUGAUGAUUGGUUUUAUCAAUUGAUUUUGUGGAGGAAGGACAAAAACGAACCUAUACUCACUUACGCCCUCGCAACAGUCGCCUUUGGCAUCAAAUCCUCGCCAUUUCACGCCCUUAGGACCUUAAAGAAAUUAGCCCAAGAUUUUGGUCAUCGUUUUCCAAAAGCAGCCGCAAUUAUUCUAAACGCCACCUAUAUGGAUGAUAUUCAAUUUGGAGCAAGCACAGAAGAAGAAGCACAAGGAUUAAUUGAAGAAUUAAUCGGUCUCCUGGCUUGUGGUGGUUUUACGAUGCACAAAUGGUUCUCCAGCCACCCGCAAGGUUUGUCUACGCUACCAGCCGAGAAGUUGGAAACGCCAAAGCUGAAAUUUUCGCAGGAAGGAAAUCCUUGGUUUUCCGUAUUAGGCAUUCAAUGGGACGGGAAAGGGGACGAAUUUUCGUAUGAAGUCAAUUUCCGCCCGCACGCCGAGACAAAACGUGGAAUUUUAUCAAUGAUCGCCUCGAUUUAUGACCCGAAUGGUUGGCUAGCUCCGGUCAUUUUCAGAGCUAAAUUAUUCAUGAAAGCCUUGUUUCUGCUAAAACAGCCAUGGGACGCCGUAGUACCAUUGGAGAUGUCGCAAAGGUGGAAAGAAUUUUUCACUGAGUUACAAGAAAUACGCCAAAUUAGAAUUCCACGUUGCCUUCCUGCGCCCAACGCCUCUCACUAUGAACUCCAUUGUUUUGUAGAUGCCUCUCAGAAAGGUUAUGGAUGCGUUUUGUAUUUGCGCUCUUCGCCGUCGCCAGAUAGCCCUGCAACCUCGGUUUCGCUGAUUAUGUCAAAAACUCGAGUCGCCCCAAUCACGCCUGUAACUUUGCCACGCCUGGAACUCUGCGGAGCUCUACUUGCAGAAACCUUGCUUCGCGCCAAUCUGCACAUUUUGCAUGAUCAUUACGAUGCUGCCAAAAUCCAUUGCUGGACAGAUAGUACAAUAGUCCUUCAUUGGAUAAACACGCCUCCUCAUGAGCUACAAACCUUUGUGGCGAACAGAGUUGCAAAAAUUCGCGAGCUGGAUCACUUAAUCACCUGGCAUCAUGUCCGGUCGGAGGACAACGUUGCUGAUUUGUGCUCGAGAGGCAUCGCCCCUGCUGAUAUCGUGCAUAAUGAAUUUUGGUGGCACGGACCUGCAUGGCUCACAAAACCGGAUAAAGAAUGGCCCACGUUCUCGCCUUUGCCAACGCCUAACACUGCAGAUUUGGAGCUGAAAAAAUGCAUCGCUAUAGAGCUAGUAAGCACCGCCGCGCAAGUAACGCAACAGCCUACACCAGAGGAAGAAUCAGACGCACGCAUGGAAUACGCCUUGGCCCUCAUCAGCAAAAAUGAUAGCGAGCUUUCUAAGCUUCAAGCCGACUACGAAUCCCUCAUGGGGGGGAGCCGACUAGUAGCCAACACCACGCCUUUUAACGCCUAA